AGAACAUAUACCCCUUCUACUUGACAUAUAGAAACCUCUUAUAUUCGUUUUGUUCAAAUAACUACAUAUGAUUGAAAAAAUUAAUUUUCUCACCAUUUAUAUUCUAUAUUAUUAUAAAAAAUGAUCCAAAUGUUGAAGAAACAAUUUCCAAGAAAUUGCAAAAGAUAUAGGAAUGUAAAUACAUGGUCAUCUCUUGCAACAGCAUUCAAUUCUAUUAAUAAAGAAAAAUAUGGAUUUGAUUUUUUGAGAAAAGAAACUGGAUUAUUUGGAAUAUCUGAAUUAAAAACAUCAGAAGGAUUUAAUGUUUUAAGAGAUCAAGCAAUAUCUCAAACAGAUGCACUUAUAACAGAAGCUAUGAGUCAAAAUAGAAAACGAAAAAUGGUAGAAAUUUUUGAUGAUAUGUCUGAUACAUUAUGUAAAGUUGCAGAUUUAGCAGAGUUUAUUAGAAUUGCACAUCCACAAAAACAGUUUGUUACAGCUGCAGAGAAGACUUGUCUCUCUGUUAGUGGUAUUGUAGAGAAAUUAAAUACUCAUCGUGAACUAUAUAAUGCAUUGAAACACAUAGUAUAUAAUGAAGAUAUUCAGAAAACAUCUAUAGUAGAUAAACAUGUUGCAACAUUAUUCUUAUCUGAUUUUGAAUUAUGUGCUAUUCAUUUACCAGAAUCUAUAAGAGAAAAAGUUGUACAGUUGAAUUAUUAUAUAUUACAAAUAGGUCAAAAAUUUAUGACAGGUGCUAAUAAUACAAGAGCAGUAGAUUCCAGUAUUGUUCCACCUAAUAUAAGACAGUAUUUCACAGAAAAGGAUAAUAAAAUAUAUGUUCAAGGACUUUAUGUAGAUUCUCCUAAUUGCUUACUUAGAGAAACAGCAUAUCGCAUAUUUCUAUAUCCUGAUGAAGAACAAGAAUAUCUCCUACAAGAACUUUUAAAUUCUAGAUAUACUUUGGCUAAACUAUGUGGAUUUUCAUCUUAUGCUCAUCGAGCUGUUAAAGGAAGUACUAUGGAAACACCUGAAGUAAUAUAUGAAUUUCUUAAUAUCUUAAAUGAUAAUUUAAAGUCUAAAACAAAACAAGAUUUUAAUGAAAUGCAAAAAAUGAAAAAUAUUGAAUCAUCUAUAAAACAGAAAAUAAUGCCAUGGGAUACAGCUUAUUUUACAGCAAAAGCAAAAAGAAAUUGGUUAAAUAUAUCUAUUACUGAAUUUGCACCAUAUUUUUCACUUGGUGCUUGUAUGGAUGGAAUUAAUAUAUUGAUACAAGCAUUAUAUGGUAUCCGAUUGGAAUAUGUACCAGUUUUAUCUGGUGAAGUUUGGGCAAAUAAUGUACAUAAAAUUGUUGUAAUAGAUGAAAACGAAGCAGUUUUGGGUUACAUAUAUUGUGAUUUUUUUGAAAGAGAAGGAAAACCUAAUCAAGAUUGUCAUUUUACUAUUAGAGGUGGAAGGCAAUUAUCUGAUGGAUCUUAUCAGAAUCCUAUAGUAGUAUUAAUGUUAUCAUUACCAGUUCCAACAUGGUCCAAACCAUGUCUACUUAGUCCUUCUUCUGUAGAAAAUUUAUUCCAUGAAAUGGGUCAUGCAUUACAUUCUAUGCUAGGUAGAACAAAGUAUCAGCAUGUAACAGGAACUAGAUGCAGUACAGAUUUUGCAGAAGUUCCAAGUAUUUUAAUGGAAUAUUUUGCAAGUGAUCCAAGAGUUGUAUCCACAUUUGCUAGACAUUUUCAAACUUUUGAACAAAUACCAAUAACAUUAUUAGAUAAAUUAUAUGCUUCAAAGAAUAUAUUUUGUGCUUCUGAAUUACAAAAUCAAAUAUAUUAUAGCAUGUUAGAUCAAGUUUAUCACAGUGGACAAUUAGAAAAAUCAUCAACUGAAAUUUUGAAAGAAAUACAAGGAAAAUACUAUGAACUUCCUUAUAUUGAAAAUACAGCAUGGCAAUUAAGAUUUUCUCAUUUAGUUGGAUAUGGUGCGAAAUAUUAUUCUUAUUUAGUAUCUCGAGCAAUUGCUUCAUGGAUAUGGCAAACAUAUUUUCAAGCAGAUCCUUUCAAUCGAAUGGCAGGCAAUCGAUAUUGGAAAGAAUGCUUAGCUCACGGAGGUGGAAAGCUUCCUUCUAAAUUAGUAUCUGAUUUUUUAAAUAAACAGGCUAAUGCUAAUAAUCUUGCAAAAUCUUUGCUUUACGAAAUUGAUAUAAAAACCAAACACGUAGAAAAAUUAAGAGGAUAAGAAAACCACUAAAAAAGAUUAUAUAUUUAGAAAAAUAUCUUUUUAAAGAUAUGAAAUACUUAUAAAAUUUUCUUGUAUAUAAUUUUUUUUAACAAAAUAUUCAUGAUAAUUUAUAGUACGUUUAAAAUAAGUAUUGUAGAAAUACAUCAUUAUUUCAAUCGUAAUUGUAAAAACAUAAAUAAUUUUAUAAUUUAAUAUUUUAUCUUGUAAAUAAAAUGUAAAUAUCAUGCACAAAA